UGGUCUUUUCGAGCGACGAGCGGUGCGGAAGGACCCUGCUCGGCCGGCGCCGAGGAGGAGGGAGCGGCGGUGUCCGGUCUCCGGUCGGUGGGUCGGUGAGUCGGUGAGCGGUUCCCCGCGGCUGUUGGUGUGUCCGGUGCCGGCCCGGCUCGGCCCGUCCGCCGCCUUCAUGUCGGUCAGCGAGCUCUUCAGCGUGGUCCAGGCCUCGCUGGCCGCCGAUCAGGACGUCAGAGAGGAAAUAAGAAAAGUUGUUCAAACCCUUGAACAAACAGCUCGUGAGAUUCUAACCCUGCUACAGACUGUCCAUCAGAUGUCGGGCUUUAAAGAAAUACCAAACAAGUGUCAAAAAGCACGGGAACAUUUUGACACUGUGAAGACACAUCUGGCAGAACUGAAAACCAAGUUCCCUGCAGACCAGUACUACAGGUUCAAUGAGCACUGGAGGUUUGUACUGCAACGCCUGAUCUUUCUGGCUGCGUUCGUGGUCUAUCUGGAGUCGGAAACCCUGGUGACGCGGGAAGGUGUGGCAGGAAUAUUGGGAGUCGAAGUGCACCGAGAUAAAGGCUUCCAUCUGGAUAUUGAGGAUUACCUUUCAGGCCUCCUGAUUCUAGCUAAUGAACUGUCGAGACUCGCUCUGAACAGCGUCACUGCCGGCGACUACUCCCGGCCUCUGCGAAUCUCCUCCUUUAUCAAUGAGCUGGAUUCCGGGUUCCGUCUGCUCAACCUGAAGAACGACUCCCUGAGGAAGCGCUACGACGGCCUGAAGUAUGAUGUGAAGAAGAUAGAGGAAGUGGUGUAUGAUCUAUCGAUACGGGGGCUGGGGAAAGGGGAUGAGCCCAGCGAGGGCAAAGUGGCGGAAAAGUAACUCCUGUUGAAGGUUUGAGGAGUAGGCAGUUUGGUGAGAAGGAAGGAAGUUACUGGUUGAUGGUGUUUGCGAUGGAUUUAUUGUUUAUAUCUGGCUUGUGGUACAGUGAAAUCAUUUUGGGAUCUAGAGUUUAAAGAGCUGUAAUUUCCUUUCGGUGAGAUCAGUAUUACGCAGGUUUGCGCAGCCUUAUUUCUUUUGUAGGUGUUGAGCUUUUCUGCUGAUGUCCAACUCAUUCCAGUGCUCACCACCACAUUUGUGCUCAUGGAAUUUUCAGUUUGGCUUUUGAUAAGCUGCAAACAAAAUAAAACCAAAUAUUCCUACUG